CGUAUUGCUUGCUUUCAUAUCUAUGAAUUAGUUUGGUAUGUAAAGAGUCGUAUACAAGAAAUGGUGUUUGAAACCGAAACGAUUUUACUGUUCCUCAUGGUGUUGUCAAAGAAAUUUUCGCUAUUAAAUAAUUAAUUGAUGAGUGUGUUUAAACCAUAAACAGGACCCCUAUGCCUUUUACGACUUAAGUCAUCAACAUUUUUUGCAAUGAAUGCAACGUUCCAUUCAUAUAGAGAUAUACUAGCGGCACAUCACCAAGACUCAUCUAGUCCGGAAAAUUUCGCCCCCAUAGUAAUUGAUUAUAGAAACUCAAACCACACAAAGGACCUUGUCGAGACCAACUCAAAUAUCUCAUCGUCUCAGCUAUCGUUCAUGGACGAAUCUUCAAACGAUUUCAAUAAUCAACAGUUAAUUCAUUCUAACUCUCUUAUUAAAGUGUGUGGUGGUUGUGGAGAUAAAAUAAGUGAUAGAUAUCUUUUAUACGCUUUAGACAGAUAUUGGCACAAUGGUUGCCUUAAAUGUCACUGUUGUGGAGCAAUGUUAGCAGAGGUGGGUUCCAGCUGUUUUACGAGGCGAGGACUAAUUCUUUGCAAAAAGGACUAUUCCAGCAUGUUCGGGUGCUCUGGAGUUUGUUCUGGAUGCGGGGAAACUAUACCCCCGAGUGAACUAGUUGCGAAAGCACUUACUGGAAUAAAUAAUAUCGAUUUACAAAAUCAACAAAAACAAAUAAUUAAUUGCGUAUUUCAUCUAAGGUGCUUUAGUUGUGCUAAGUGUGGAUCAAGUCUGCGUCCUGGUGAUAGGUAUACUAUGUUAGGAGCUAGCUUGGUGUGUGAGCAAGAUUGGCACAAAUUACUUAAGGGCCCCGCCAACUCGAAUGGAACGCUUGGACAAAGGAAAGGAAAAGUCGGAAGGCCCAGAAGAUCAAAGGACUAAUCAAAUUUAAUGUCACAUAAAAUAUACAUAUAUUUUAGAACAUAGUUCAUAUUUUUAAAUUACCUAUAAAAAUGUAAUUAAAUCAUAAUAUAAAAAAAUACGUUCUUUUA